CUUACUUUGCCAAAGCCGGUCACUUCUCUCCCUCCAUUUCCCGGCAGUUUCCCAUUGACAAAUAAUGAAAGUCAGGAUUCAAAUUCUACUUUAGAUCGCGAACUAGAAUACCUUCAUGAGAUGGGUUUUACAGACAGGGAGCAAAACCUCAGCCUUCUUCGGCAACAUAAUGGUGAUAUAGAAUCUGUCAUUGAAAAUAUCAUAUCUCAAAAGGACAGCGUUGGAUCUUCCUCAUCUGCAUCACUUUUCUGUCGACGAGAUAGACCCAUACUUAACCAACCAGAGAGACGUAGGGGGAUGAAGCCAUAUUGGCAAUGGAACAAUGACAAAGAGAAAGACUCCUGUUUGCGAAGAGACGAGAAUAAUGAACGU